GGCUCUCUGUUAGACCCACCCUCCCCCACCCCAUUUCCUCAUCCCGUUUCAAAAUGAGAGCAAAUGAACCACGUUCUGAGCUCUUCCCCGUGCAAUUCAGACAAGUUUGGAAAUUAAACAAAUCGCGUUUGCGCUUGAGACCGCGGGAAUCCAAAAGGGAAACAAACAGAACCAGACCAAAAAAUCUAUUCCAAGUUAAGUCAAGAUUUCAAGGGGGGAAUCUAAAAGGAAUAUUUGUUUAUGGCAAUAUGGUGUGUGUGUGUGUGUUUGAAAAAUAUGUAUCACUCAAGCUUGCAUCAUCAGUAUUCAGUGUGAUUCACAGAAGCGCUUCAAAAGCUGGUUUCUGUUAGUGUUGCAAAAGCACUUCUAAUUUUGGUUGCCAUGGUAACCGAAGAAGUCGCCCCGCACCGUUGAGACGCUGCCUGGCUGGAACCAGGAACUGUUCUUGAGAUCUCCUCACGUCCCCUCAUGUCACCAUGGAUGAAUCAGCACCUGCCAAAUUUUUGAGACAGCUCACGGCUUAGAGGAAGGCUCAUCUAAAUAAAGGCCGGCUAAAGUGACAUUGCAGGGACUUAAUCCUUCUCUGGUAGCCGUGUGACCAGAAGGCUGAUUUGCAAGUUUCUUCUUUCCUGGGGUCCAGAUCAUUGGGUCCCUGGGGCCUGUGACUCGCCAGGAGGAGAAGUGCAAAAUGAAGGAGGUGGGAGCCGAAGGCCAGCAGCAAGGACCUGGGGGCCUCCCUGGGGCUCUCACACACCAGAGUGGAAGAUUCUCGGGCCAUCAAAGGAAAUAGCAAACUGGAGCCUUUGUCCUGGGACGCGGUCACCUACCACAGAGCAUUUGACCGCAUGGGCAGCCAGAAGGUUCCGGGAGCCCGAUCAGGGAAGUGGUUAUGGUAACUGGAUGUGUGUGUGCUGGGACAGUGAGAGCUGGGCAGUGCACUGUGAAGGAAGGUGCGAAAUGUCUGCAGUGAGGGGAGCAGCUCUUGGCUUGGCUGGGCAAGCUCUGCCCGCCUGUUCGCCUCCGCCCUCCUCUCCCUGAAGCCACGAGACUACGUGGCUCCGGCAGGCCCUAACGCCCCUCACCCACGCCCUGGGCCCUUGGUGCUGCUCCUCACGCGGCCUUCCAUCGGUGCCUCUCGGCCGAGACGGAGAUGUGAGCCUGUGGUGGACGAUGACUGCGGUGUACGCAAAUGGAGGCGGCCUGGUGACACCCCACUAUGCCAGGUGGGAUCGGCGGGAGAGCGUGGAAAGCGGCGGUCCGGGGGAGCGCUGCAAGGACGAGGAGGAGGGGCAGCCCCGUCAGCUGACACCCUUUGAGAAGCUGACACAGGACAUGUCCCAGGAUGAGAAGGUGGUGAGAGAGAUCACGUUGGGGAAACGGAUUGGCUUCUACCGAAUCCGAGGGGAAAUUGGAAGUGGGAACUUUUCCCAAGUCAAGCUCGGGAUUCACUCCCUAACCAAAGAAAAGGUGGCCAUUAAGAUCCUGGACAAGACCAAGUUAGACCAGAAAACCCAACGGCUACUAUCCCGUGAAAUUUCCAGCAUGGAAAAACUGCACCAUCCCAACAUCAUCCGUCUGUACGAAGUUGUGGAGACCCUAUCCAAGCUCCACUUGGUGAUGGAGUAUGCAGGAGGUGGGGAGCUCUUUGGAAAAAUUAGCACAGAAGGGAAGCUCUCGGAGCCGGAAAGCAAGCUCAUCUUCUCCCAGAUUGUGUCUGCCGUGAAGCACAUGCAUGAGAACCAAAUUAUUCAUAGAGACCUGAAGGCAGAAAACGUAUUUUAUACCAAUAAUACUUGUGUGAAGGUGGGUGAUUUUGGAUUCAGCACAGUAAGUAAAAAAGGGGAAAUGCUCAACACUUUCUGCGGGUCGCCUCCAUACGCUGCGCCCGAGCUUUUCCGAGACGAGCAUUAUGUCGGCAUUUAUGUGGACAUCUGGGCCCUGGGGGUGCUCCUGUACUUCAUGGUGACGGGCACCAUGCCCUUUCGGGCAGAGACCGUGGCCAAGCUGAAGAAGAGCAUCCUGGAGGGCGCAUACAGCGUGCCUCCACAUGUGUCCGAGCCCUGCCUCCGUCUCAUCCGCGGCGUCCUCCAGCCCGUACCCACCGACAGGCACGGGAUCGACUCCAUCAUGAACAAUGAGUGGAUGCAAGGGGUGCCCUACCCCACCCCUCUGGAGCCUUUCCAACUGGAUCCCAAACAUUUGUCCGAAACCAGCACCCUUAAAGAAGAAGAAAACGAGGUCAAAAGCACCUUGGAGUAUUUGGGUAUUACAGAAGAGCACAUCCGGAACAGCCACGGGAGAGGAGCCCGGAGCUCCAUCACGGGAGUCUAUCGGAUCAUUUUACACAGAGUCCAAAGGAAAAAGGCUUUGGAAAGUGUCCCGAUAAUGAUACUACCAGACCCUAAAGAAAGGGACCUAAAGAAAGGGUCCCGUGUCUAUAGAGGCAUCAGACACACAUCUAAAUUUUGUUCAAUUUUAUAAAUUGCGUUAAACUGCUGGACAUUAACCAAGAGCAUUGUUGCUGCUUUUAAAUUUUUUCAUGGACAACUUGGGUGGGGACAUUUUUGUAAUUUUUAAAUAAAUUUAAACUUAAGAUAUGCAUUUCCCCCCCCAAAAAAAGUCUAGAUUUGCUCUCUUGUUCUCAAGCUCUAGCAUUCAUUCAUUUAUUUAAUCAAGAAAUACUUAUCCAGUGCCUCCCAUGGGCCGGCACUGUUCAAGGUACUGAGGAAAGAGCAAAGAAUGAGCUGGGCCGGGCCCUUGCUCUCCCGUGCAGUAUAUUCUAGGGCUGGACAAAGGCAUUGACGAAAAAAAAAAAUGCUGUAAGAAAAACACGAGAUAGUGACAGAUGCUAUCCAGAGAAUGCAAACCGGGUCAUCUGAUAUCAGAGGCUCACUCCCUGGGAUGGGACCAUUGUGAAAGGCCACACUGAGUAGAGGACAGUCUGAGAUCUGAGUAGGAAGCAGGGGUGACCCGCGGAAAGCUGGCCAAGAGCAUUCUGGGCAGCUAGGGGUUCUGGACUGGGUUCCCCCCAAACAGAGCCUAGUAGCUUUUGGGGAAACAA